CCGUAAAACACUCUACAUCGAACAAUGAGUAAAAUCAGCUGUUUUAGAAAUUACUAUUAACAGUGAAAAACCAACGGCAGUUAGCUUAUGCUAUGGAGCAGCAACUUACAAAUGAGACUGUAAAUUCGACAUCCCCAUUAACGGCCCAGCCUCGCAAACGUGUCGGCCGACCGCCGAAGGUUGUCAAUGUCAUAGAUCCAGCAGCAUUGAUUACGUUCACCGAGGAGUCAACAGAGGCGCCAGCAGAUGAUGACUUCGAUACGACGUUAGAGGAGCGUGUGCUUACCGUAUCCCCAACGCUGUCAGAAUGCAGACGCAGCUCGCGCAAAAAAAUAAUUAAAUUCGAUGUGCGCGAUUUGUUAAACAAAAAUCGCAAAAAUAACAAAAUACAAAUUGAAGCGCGUAUUGAUUCGAAUACAACGCUUACCACAUUCACUGAUGACGAAUUAGUGACAGCAGCAACAAUAAUAGGACCGCCAUUGUCCUUUGUACACAGUCCAUUCAACGGUUCUACACUGCCAAGUCUGGAGGUUUUUGCCAAGCCCAAGCCUACGCAGAAUUUGAUUAUAACGCACGCAAGCGGCGAGGAGCCACGCCCUUCAGGUAGCGCUGAGGCGCCGCGCAAACGUGGACGCCCACGCAAGCUGCAGCCACAGGCACAGGUUGCAACGGAAGCCACUUGUAGCUUUAGCUAUUCCGACUCUGACACUAAUUCCAGCAAUUCCAAUACCAACUCAAGUGAAUCGAAAUCAAAGUCUAAGCUGCGUGUUGCCCUCAAGCGCAUGAGCAUGCCUAAUAGUAGUGAGUCCUCAGAUUCGGGUGAAUCGCUCAAGGGGCAAACACCGUUGACCCUCAGUCCCAUGCUAGAGGAAGAAGUGCAGCACACAGAAAUGUCGCUGCCAGCGCAGGAUGAUGACUCCAAUCAAUCGCAAAUUAUAUUUGUCGAGAUUGAAACUGCCAAGCAAGAGCUGGAUACAGAGCCCGAAUCGGAGACGGAGGCGAGCAACAAUUUCAAAGUGCAUUUUGAGCAGCACCAGGUGCAGGAGGAAGAGCAAGAGGUGCAACUUGAGCCUGAAGAGGUGCCUGAACCGGAAUCAGACAUUAUAGUGGAGGUAUGGUCGGAGCUGGAGCUGGAGCAGAGCGAAAAGCAUCAGUCUGAUGAGCUGGUCGUAGAGGAGCAAGAGGAGCUAUCCUCAGAGAGUACUCCCAGCAGAUGUUCAAGUGCACGGCGUAGCACACGCUCCGCUUUGCUUGCCAGUGACGGCAGUGAGCAAAAGAAAACGUUGGAGGAGACAUUCGCAGAGAUUGCGGCGGCGAGUAGCAAGCAGGCAACUGCUGAUCUGGUGGAAGAGCAGCAGCAACAGCAGCAGCAGGAGGAAACACUGGAGGAUGAUGAUUUGGGUGCGCUUAUAACUCUGCUGGAGGAUAGCACAAGUAAUCCAGCUAGCAGCGAUUGUUUGGAGGAGCAGGUUGUGGAAAUAGAGCGAGAAGUGGAGCUGACGGAAGAGGAAGACGAGGAGGAGCAACAGCGGCCAGCAGAAACACCACAGUUGGAAUUAGUGAGAAGAGAAGUUGUUACUCCGGAACAGGAGACGCAAGAGCAAGAGGAGGAACAGCCUGUUGUGGUGAAGGCGGAGCAACCUAAAGUGGUGAAGGCGGAGCAGCCUGAAGUGGUGCAGCAGGAUCAGCUCGACGUCUUGCAGGAAGAGGAGCUUGAAGUGGUGCAAGAGGAAGUCGUCAUUGAGAUGGAGACAACGGUUCCACUCGUGGUAACACCUGAGCCUGAGCCUGGGGCUGAAAGACUGAUCACUCCUACCAAUUCACUUGAGGCGCCUUCUCCCAUAGAAGAAGUUAUCAUAGCUCAAGAAGCAGCUACAAUUGAAGCCACCGAUACUACGGACGAUAGCAAAUGUAGUUUGGAAAUCAAACUAGAGACAAUUGACUCCACCGAAACUACGGAUGAGUGCAAAUCCAGUUUAGAAAUCAAAGUGGAGACAAUUGAUGCCACUGAAACGACGGACGAAUGCAAAUCCAGCUUGGAGAUGAAAGCAGAGGUUGCACCCAAAUCCCAGAGCUUGAGCAUUGUGGAAUGCGAUGCGCUGUUCAAGGCCUUGGAUCAGGCCAGCGUGCAGCAGCUGCGCCAAGACGAAAAACAACAAAAGAAGAAAGUAAAGAGCAAGAAGCCAGCGGCGCCGUCGCCGUCGCCAGCGCCACCUGCAGCGCAGUUGACACUUCAAAGCAGCGAUGAGCCGCGACGUAAGAAAACCAAAAGCAAACGUGGCAAUGGCAACGGCAAGUCCAGCAGCAAGCCAGAGCCGGUGCUGAGUCGUGAGGACUCAUUGGAUUCGAGCUCAAGUGGCAGCAAGCGCAAGGAGCUGACUGAGCUGGAGAGCAGAGAGUCGCCGCCUGAUCCGCUUAAGGAUAUAGCCAAGUUUAUAGAGGAUGGAGUGAAGCUGCUGGAGCGCGAUUAUAAGCCGGAAGAAGAGGAGGAGCAGCAGCAGCAGCAGCAGUCUGCGCAGCUAGCAGCAGAAUCUGAAGGGGACUCACAGCAAGAGGAAUUUGCACAGCGUGUGGCAAAUCUAGAGACGCCAGCCAGCACGCCGGCAACAACACCCGCCAGCACGCCGGCGACAACGCCCGCCAGCUCACCGCUGCCUAUACUGGAGGACAGCGGCAGCUCCACAGGCGUGCGUCGCUCGCAUCGCAUCAAACAGAAGCCGCAGGUGCUAAGGCCGAGCGUCUAUCGUCAGUCGCUGGAAAUAAAGCCUGCCACGCCCACCGUGCCCAUCGUACGCAUUAGCCUGGAGGAGCAGCUCAGCGAGCUGGCGCACAUCGAGACAAUCAACGAUCAGUUUCUGCGCAAUGAGGGACUGAACACGUUUCAGUCGCUGCGUGACAAUUUCUAUCGCUGCGCACGCCAAGUGAGCCAGGAGAAUGCUGAGAUGCAGUGCGACUGCGAGGAGGCGCACGGGCAGUUCUGCUGCGGCGCCGGCUGCAUCAAUCGCAUGCUGAUGAUCGAGUGUGGGCCACUGUGCAGCAAUGGGCAACGCUGCACCAACAAGCGCUUCCAGCAGCAUCACUGCUGGCCCUGCCGCGUCUUUCGCACCGAGAAGAAAGGCUGCGGCAUUACGGCGGAGCUGCAGAUACCCGCCGGCGAGUUUAUCAUGGAGUACGUGGGCGAAGUCAUUGACAAUGCGGAGUUCGAGCGUCGCCAGCAUUUGUACUCACGCGAUCGCAAUCGGCACUACUACUUCAUGGCGCUGCGUGGCGAGGCGAUCAUCGAUGCCACGGCCAAGGGCAAUAUCUCCAGAUACAUCAAUCACAGCUGCGAUCCCAAUGCGGAAACACAAAAGUGGACAGUGAAUGGUGAACUGCGCAUUGGUUUCUUUAGCGUCAAGACCAUACUGCCGGGCGAGGAGAUUACCUUUGACUAUCAGUAUCAGCGCUAUGGACGCGAUGCGCAGCGUUGUUAUUGCGAUGCCACCAAUUGUCGUGGCUGGAUAGGCGGCGAGCCGGAUUCGGAUGAGGGCGAGCAGAUUAUAGCUGAGAGCGAAAGCGAAUUUGAUCAGGAGGAUCAAGAGCUGGAGCUGCUGGAACAACAACAGCUAGAGCUGGAGAAGUCCAAGUCCAAGCGCGGCUCCAAGUCGAAGCUGAAGUUUAAGCUUUCCAGCACCGCACGCAAGCGCAAAGAGAAGGCCAAGGAUCGUGAAUACAAAGCCGGACGCUGGCUGCGUCCCACUAACUCCGCCUGCCUGCAUAUACCGCCGCUUAGCAGUCUGCCGCCCAAGCCAAUGCUGGAGGAUCCCGAUGUGCUGGAGCAGCUCAAGCUGCUCAAUCGCAGCGAGCUGAAGAAUCAGGCGGAUACGCUGCGCUUCUCGCGCUGCUUGGUGCGCGCCAAGCUGCUGCAAACGCGUCUCCAGCUGCUGGGCGUGCUCACGCGUGGCGAGCUGCCCUGUCGUCGCUUGUUUCUGGACUAUCAUGGGCUGCGACUGCUGCAGGCUUGGAUUAGCGAAAGCGGCAGCGAUUUAAAGCUGCGGCUGGCGCUGCUCGAGGCGCUCGAAUCGCUGCCCAUACCCAAUCGCACGAUGCUGAACGACAGUCGCGUCUACCAGAGCGUGCAGGACUGGUGCAGGGAAGCGGACGAGGACGAGGACGAUGCCAUGCAGGAGCGUUUGCUUGCCUUGCUGGCCAAAUGGCAGGCGCUGCCCGAAAUCUUUCGCAUACCCAAGCGCGAGCGCAUUGAGCAGAUGAAGGAGCAUGAGCGUGAGGCCAACGAGCCGCAGCCAGCGGGGGAGCGUGAGCAUGUAACGCCGCCCAGCAGCGCGGAUCGUUAUCGGCAGGAUCGCUUCAGACGCGACUUCAUCAGCAGUCGCUAUGACAACAAGAGCAAGCCCAGCUCGUCCCGCAUGUCGGGCAACAAUACAAUCUGCAGCAUUUCGGGCGGCGGCAGCUCCUCGCUCGGCAAGGACUACAACAGCAGAGACUACAAGGAGCGCUACAGCGGCAGCAGCAGCGAUGUGGACUCGCGACGUCGCUUCAUCAACAAGGAGCUGCGUCGCUCGCUCUUUGCGCGCAAGGUGGCCAAGGAUGAGGCCGAGAAGCGCAGCUGCUUGAUGAGUUUUCGCGAGCGUGAGCUGCGCUGCGAAUACUUUGGCUACGAGCUCACCACAGAUCCCAAGAUGCUGCCGUUGUAUCAGAAUACGGAGACGCUGGAUUGGUUCAACCACGAGGAUAUGCUUGUGCCACCGCCGCCGCGUGUUGGCGUCUAUCCACAGCCGCCGUCACCGGAGCAGCCCGAAAGCUUCGAGUACAGGCUGCCGCUGAGCGUAAAGCCACUGCCACCCUCCUGGCAAUGGAGCAUGACUGCCACUGGCGAUAUCUAUUACUAUAGUCUGCGCGAUCGCAUACCCCAAUGGGAGCCACCAAAUGCCGAGCAGCGUAGCCAGCCGCUCAUCGAUCACAGCUCACCAGUGCCGCCACCAGCGGUGUUGAUCGAUACGGAUCAGCUGGCCUCGGAGCUCAUCAGUAUCGACAUCGAUUAUGUGGGCAACUUGAGCUCUAGAUCGCUGGCACAGUUCGCGGAAGCGAAGAUACGUGAGCGACGCGAAAUGCGACGCAGUCGUUUGGUCUCCAUCUGCGUCAUUAGUCCGCGGCGCGAAGAGGAUCGUGUCUACAAUCAAAUGGAGUCGCGCAAGUAUAAGGAGAACAAGGAGAAGAUACGACGACGCAAGGAGAAGUACAGACGUCAGCGCAUCGAUACCACUGCCACGCCCGCUGCAGCCGGCGCUGAAACCAGCACUGCCGAGGAUAACAAAGCCACGCCACACUCCACUAACGACGUCUUGCCCAUACACAGUUACUUGUACUCCUCGGAUGAGGAUGAGAAUGCAGAGCCCGCUGCCAGCAAACUGCCAGUCGCGGAUGCUGAUGGCGAUGGCGACAAGGAUGCCAAAGUUGAUGAAACUGAUGCGGAUAGCGACAAGCCCAGCAGCAGCAGCGGCGAAACCACUGACGAAGCCGCCGCCGGCUCCAGCAGCGAUGCAGACGCAGUGGCCAAGCUUCUACUUGGAGUCAAGCGCAAGCUGCCACAGCUCAUCGCAGCCAGCGAAGCAGCACCACAAAAGAAACAUCGCAGCGAUAAAAAGCGCAAGACCUUGCUUAUCAGCACGCCCGGUGGACGUGAGGCCAUUGAAAAGUUUCGCUUUGAGAUUAGCGGACAUGUGGCUGAUUAUUUGCGUCCUUAUCGCAAGGAUAAUUGCCAAAUGGGACGCAUUACCAACGAUGAGGACUACAAGUUUCUUAUCAAGCGCUUGAGCCACCACAUAACCACCAAAGAGAUGCGCUACUGCGAUGUGACCGGCAAUCCUUUGGCCUGCACGGAGUCUGUGAAACACAAGUCCUUUGACUUUAUCAAUCAAUAUAUGCGUAAGAAGGGGCGCGUCUACAAGAAGCCCGCAGAUGAGGCAGAAUAUUGACAGUAAUCAACACAUACAAAAUAUGUAGACAAUUUUGACAUAAAUUAAAUUUAUAUACUUUAAGCUAAUGACGCGUACCCUUAAAAUGGGUAAAUUAUAUUGAGAAUAAACAAUUGCACUGAAUAC